UUUGCUCAUCGCCAGUCACUGUGCUCGAUACUCAUCAGUCCCCACUGUUUUUGCUAAAUCACUGCCUCUCCUGCUCACCCAAAACAGCAAAUUCUUGGUGGGUAUUCGAAUAUUGCUUCACCACCAUCCAUUCUGCUUUUAACUAUGUCCCCUAGCUUCGAGAGGAUCAUAAGUUUAGAAACUCGUUUGAUGAUGGAGGAGAAGAUGAGCAAGGGCCUGAAAAGAAUGUUGCUUGUGUUGAAUUGCACAAUGUUAGGCUUGGGAAACGUUGGUGGCCCUCUUAUAUCGAGGUUAUAUUUCUUGAAAGGCGGUAAGGGCGUUUGGAUAUCGAGCUGUUUGGAGACCGCCGGUUGGCCGUUCAUGACGUUGCCCCUCACGAUAUCGUACUUGUAUCGUCGACGAAAGGACGGUCCUGGGACCAAGGUUGUCUUCAUGAAACCGCCUUUGUUUGUGGCCAGCGUUGUUCUAGGCCUUCUUACUGGCAUUGAUGACUUUUUGUAUGCUUAUGGUGUUGCUCGGCUCCCUAUAUCGACAUCGGCUUUGAUAAUUUCGACACAAUUGGCCUUCACCGCCGCGUUUGCGUUCCUAUUGGUGAAGCCGAAGUUUACUCCUUUUACGAUCAACUCGAUCUUCUUGUUGACUCUCGGAGCAGUCGUUCUUGCACUCCAUACGAGUUCGGAUCGCCCUGCAAAUGAAUCCAAGCUACGGUAUUUCAUGGGGUUUUUCAUGACUCUUGGAGCUUCCGCGCUCUACGGAUUCGUGUUGCCCGCCAUCGAGUUGACAUACAAGAAAGCGAACCAGACCGUCACAUACUCUUUGGUCAUGGAGAUGCAGAUGGUUAUGUCGUUUUCGGCUACCGUUUUCUGUUGCAUCGGGAUGAUCUUCCACGGAGACUUCAAGGCAAUUCCAAGGGAGGCAAGCGAGUAUGAGCUCGGACAAGCGACGUACUACGUGGUGCUGGUGUUGAACGCCAUGUUAUGGCAGAUGUUCUUCAUGGGAGCCGUGGGAGUGAUUUUCUCGGCCUCGUCGUUGCUGUCGGGCGUAAUAAUCGCGGCACUGCUUCCGGUGACGGAAUCGUUAGCGGUUCUGUUUUACCAUGAAAAGUUCCAGGUGGAGAAAGGCGUAGCCCUCGUUUUAUCUCUCUGGGGAUCUCUGAAUUACUUAUAUGGUGAGUUCGAAGAAAACAAGAAGAUGGAAAAGCAAAAUCAAGAUUUAGAAACAGAGAUAAACUAAAGCAUGUUCUUAUUGCAUCUUAUUAAACAAGUUGUUUAUACUUAUUAUUUUAGGAUUUGAUGUUAUUUA